ACAUCGCUUUGAUGCUCAAUCGCGACGCCGACAGAAGUUUGAGGCGCGAGCGGGUGUUCCGCAGUCGAAUUACAGUAAACGACGUGCCAGAACACAUUUUAGAACGUUAUUACCGGUUGCCAAAAGAGGCAAUACUCCGGCUCUGUGACGCGGUAGCCGCUACCCUUGUACGGCCGACGGCGCGAAACUGCGCGCUGCCGGUCGACGUGCAAGUGCUGGUGGCGUUGCGCUUCUACGCCAGUGGAAGUUUCCAAUCUGUUGUGGGCGAAGUGGGCCACCUAAGCCAGGCGAGCACAUCGCGUAUAGUGAACAGUGUGAGCCAGGCCCUCGUCCUGAUAGCCGGCGAGGCGAUCUGCUUCCCCACCACGCAACGAUCUGCGGCCCUUACGUCGAUUGGGUUUGCUGCAAUCGCCGGCUUCCCCAGGGUGCUAGGCUGCAUCGAUGGAACGCAUGUGGCCCUCAAGGUAGCCAAAGCCGACAAGCCUGACUACCUGAACCGCAAGGGCUACACGUCGGUCAACGUGCAGGCAGUGUGCAACGCAAGCAAUGUGGUCACACAACUGACCGUGAAGUGGCCAGGGAGCACACAUGAUAGCUUUAUGUGGCGAAACUGUGAUUUAUAUGAGCAGUUUGUCACAGGCACCGCACCUGAUGGUUGGUUGCUUGGGGACGCUGGGUACUCUGUCCAGCCGUGGCUCAUGACCCCAAUUCGAGCACCCAAGGACCAACCAGAGGUGGACUACAAUGAGGCCCUGACGAAGACCAGACAAGUCAUCGAGCGGACGUUCGGGCUCCUGAAAUCCCGCUUCAGGUGCCUGGACAAGUCUGGAGGCUUCCUUCAAUACAGACCCAAGAUCUGCUGCAAGAUCAUUGUGGCCUGUGUGGUUCUUCACAAUUACUGUAUGCGCCACCACGUGUCUCUCAACGAACCACUAGUUGACCUGUCUGAUGAUGAAGAAGAAGAAGAAGAGGAGGAGGAGGAGGAGGAGGAGACACCCACACUAGCACCAAGAACUAGGAGGGCACGACCCAUGGUGGCGGGUGCGGCUGCAAGAAGUGCAGUUGUUCGCCACGCUUUUACUUAAAAGUGUCCUCUUCCACGAGGAGCAAGUAAAGGUGCUGGAGACAAGCAUGUGAGAGUGCUCCAAGCAAUGAAGUGUUGUCACAUGCUUUGCUCGGACACUCACUUGGCCAGUACCUUUAUUUGUUGGUCAACAGAUGUUGAAACGGGGCAAAAUACAUAGGUUUAUUCAGGAAGAACAGGAGCGUUAACAAAUUGCACUCCAUAUUUCUGUGCCUUUAGGGCCACUAACUGUUGCUGCGCCGCUAGCAUGCCCUGCUGCGCCGCUAGUAUGCCCUGCUGCGCUGCAACCAGUGCAUCGAGCCGCUCCAGGAUCGCCACCUGCGUCUGCAGGAUCUCGUGUCCCACAUCUUUGUUGUCGCCUGAAUUGGUGGAGUAAUGAUUUGUUAUUUUUUAAAUUGGCUAUGGGAUAUGUAUACACACAUGUGCCAGAGAUCCUCAAAAUACUAGCUCAAAAUGAUGAACUUUAAUUUUUAUUUAAAUGUUUUUUUUUCAUGUGUCGUGAAAAGUGCCUGUACAUAAAUAUCCCCUCUAGCUUUGUGUUUUGAAGUAUUUCUGAAAAUAAAUUUGUCAGCUUUGAAGUGUGGUCCUGUUCAGGAUUGAAAGCAUGGAGCACAAAUAAUCAUCCAAUUUUCUUUGCUGCAAUCAUAGUUUGUACUGCUACAUGUUGCAUGGAUGUGUGACAUAACCAUUGUCAUUCACACUUUAGACAUUGAAAAAUACAGGUGCUAGCAACCAUGUCGGAGAGCUUUUGAAUGUCGUCUGUGUAGUUUAGAGGUCUUCCAGUGAUGUCACAGGUUCAAGCGGAAGUGUUGGACGUUUAGAAGCUCCUCAAAAAGUGACGCACAGCAAAAACAUUAAUCUAACAACAACAAUGCAAGAAUGUAUAAUCAUGUUAAAUAUGUGUUUUAAGUAUACUCACUCCGUCGA